CUAGUACUCACUUUCCUCUUUAGAGAAACUCAUGAACGGACUGGAGGGUGUCCGUGCUACACUAGGACCCGCCGAGCAGUCUGGCUUCGCCGACGAGUUCAUCAAAGACACCCUGUAUCAUUUCUACUAUGAUGUAGCUCAGACGGUGGACUAUCUACUGGGUGAGUGACCUACAUCGUCUUUUAGGAGUAGUCUGAUUCUGGCACUUAGAGGAACAGGGACGCCGACAGGCAGCUCAAGAACGGAAAGGUGAGCUCGGACUUCACUUUCUUCUACUCUACCUUUUGUACCCUUCCCCCGUGUGCACCACUCUCCCUGUUCGUCACCCUAUGGCUUGCUAUCGGUAAGGAUGCUUGAAGGUGCCCGUCUGCAAUUCCCCCGGUUACCGCGAAUGAUAUGUUCAUGGACUUCGAACAGUGGACAAACCGCUACCAGCUCUGCCCGGACAGAUAGCUCUGGAAGAAGCUCCACCAGGCGGUCAUGUUGUACCGCUACCCACAAGCCCCCCGACUGACCGACCGUACAUCUACCGCCUAGCAGAAGGAGGGGAAGAAGAAGAAGAGGAUUUCUUCUAUGAUGAGCGGUCGAGCGACCUGGUUAUCGACCGUUUCCAGCCGGCCUUGUCAGACAUCACCGAGCAGACGGAGCCUUCGGAGGAAGCGAGCAUGCGGAAACGCAAUUCUGACAUUCGUCGGUCGCGCCAGUCGUUGGUUAGAACUUCAUCGCAAGCUUCUACAGUUGACUAUGGCCGGGUCCUUGGUCAGUCAAGAUCUUUCUUACGCUUGUAUCCUCUGACGGUUACCUAGAACGGCAGAUUCUGCGCGUUCCCCCGCCCCCGCAAGUCAGGCCCUCGCCCUCUGACACGGCUCUCCGUCGUUUGGAACAUUCUGAACCUCCUCCGACCGCUUCUCCUAGCGGUUCACGAACCCCUCCUCACGAAGCAAUAGCCAACCUACUUAAACCUGUAUCGGAGAUUUCGGUGGCUCCCCCAACAAUUCCGUCAAAAUCUUCGCUGGCGGAUUUGGCGCGGAACGCACGCUCCCAGCAGUCAGCGUCGCCUUCAUCGCUACGAUCGCACGGCCGUCGGGAAGAGCUUGCGAAGGACGGUGGCGAGCCGAAGAAACCCAAGUCUAAACUGUCGGCUCUCGCGAGCUCUAGAGCGAGCCAAUCCAACAGAAGCUCUGCCAGUUACACUGACACCGACUCGGUCGAUUCCGGGUCGCUCGUGACCUACCCGGCAUUGAGACCGUCUGCAAUGUCGUAUGCAUCACUUAAAUCGGCUGCACCGACUACGCGGGCUAUGUCUGUAGUCUCUACGACAUCCCAGGGAUCCACUGGCACAUCAGGAACCGGAGAGAGCACCAUACUUUCGAGGACUGUACAGGCUGCUAUCAACCAUGCCAUUGCCCAAGAAACCCCUUCUUUACCACCUAGCCCUCCACCGAAGUCUCCCAUAAACAUCAUUACAGGUCCAGCCACCGCUCUAGCAGCUUCUACAGGCUAUCACCCCCUUGACGAUAUUUCGAAGGACUUCCAUGCUCCUGAUCUUGCGUUGACUCCUCCUAUUCCAACAUCUCCAACUCCGGCUGCUACAUCUCCCGUCGCUGCUAGUCCUGAAACGAAAUACCGCCCGGCAUCCAAGCUCGCUCAACUUGCACAGGCGAAAGUAGCCCAGCAGAGCCUAUCAAUGUCCAAAGCCAGGCAGAUGCAAAUUGAGUCCUCCGGACUCAUGAUGCCGAAGUCUCGCACGGAAUACGUUACUCCGAUUGUCAAUGGACCUACAGCCACCACCGCUAUCACGACCACGUACCAGUCGUUAGGAAGCCUUGCGCAGCCCGGACGUCCAAAGCCAUCAUCGCGAGGAUUGGAAAUAUCUGCCGCGAAGACUUCUGAGUCUAAGCAAUCUAAGCUUGCUAUGAGGAGCAAACGACUUCACAAGCAUGCUGAGCCAGAGAGCGAGUCUGAGCCUGCUUUGGCCCCCUUGGAGAUGCCUAUGUUUACUUCAGAGCCCACCAGGUCGCGUGCACCUCCAUCAGCAUUCGCCUCGAUACUCACUGAUGAGGAGUCCCUCCCGCCGCGUAGAAGAGAUGUGGACACCGGGUCCAAGCAUAGGGAAAGUAUUCUUACACGGGAACAUCGGGCCAUUGUCGAGAAACCCCGACGCAAAACUCACAAACGAGCCGAUAUCCCACCUCCGGUCUCCGCAUCGUCCUCCCAGAGCUUCGCUUUCGAUAUCCCUAGCCCAGACGAUGUCGUCUUCAACGCUCGCCGCGGCACCUCUCUGGCUCCACGGUCCAUGUCCACUUCUACGCAUCCAGCACCAUCGACAGUAUCGAAUGCUUCCCGCGUAUCUUCUUCCACUGCCCCUCUACCUAUUAGAGCUUCUUUUCCGCAGGCAUGAGCAUGUACUGACCACUCCGUAUUAUGACAAAUAUAUUUAGCUGCUAAGGAACGUGAAAAGGCCGAAAAGGCUCAGAAGCUCGCCCAGCAGAAGAAAGCGGCGGAAACAACUUCGAGGCUGCCAGCUGCAGCGUUGACACCGAAGAAAGGGUCCACGAGCGGCAGCAAGAAGCCAGAAACGUCGACACCACUCCGUGGCAAGGAUGUGCAGGCGUUGGACUUAUCCGCUUUGAACCUCAGGGAGGCGGAAGAGACGGUGCAGGUGGAGGAACCACCGCCGAAGAUGACCAUCGCACGUGAGAAGGUCUUAGAAGAGGCAAGACAGGCGUUGCAAGGGAAGGACGAUAAGCGGGCUGUCAAUCUCGUUGUUAUCGGUGUGUUCUGUCGAGACCCUAUCUGUGUUCGCGUCUUAUAUGUCCUUAGGUCACGUCGACGCCGGUAAGUCCACGCUCAUGGGCAGGCUACUCUACGAACUGGGGAAGAUGGACGAGAAGAAGCGCAUAGCAAAUGAAAGAGCCAGCGGCAAAAUCGGCAAGAGCAGCUUCAGCUGGGCCUGGGAAUUCGACGGAACGAGUGAAGAGAGGGAGCGGUAAGAUCUUUCA